AUUUGUUCGGCACAGCUGGCAGUCAGGUCUUUUGGGCGACUAUAGAAGCAUGCCUUCUCGAAUCGACGUCCUCUGUGCUGCAGCUUUCGUGGUGGCAUUUUGUCACAUUUUGGGCGGAUCCAUAAACCGUGUCGCCGUUCCCAUAAAAAAUGGAAAAUGUGAUUACGACGGCCAUUUGCUCAGUGACAACUCUGCCCUUGAUCGCCAGAGUCCCUGCGAGAAAGUUAUCUGCGACACCGAACAACGAGUCGUUUACAUCGGGUUGUGCCCGCCGGUGGCCAACCCUGAAAACUGCGAGAUAAGAACCCGCGACGAACGUUACCCCUACUGCUGCCCUCAACCCUACUGCGGAAAACCCUAGUUCACUGAAAUCGGAAUGGGCGCCUUAGCCCAGGGUUAAUAUGUAUUGCUGUCCUUAACAUGUUCUUUUGAAAACUUUUAGCUUUUUAUUUUUCUGUCUUAGAGAGUAUGGUAGUAAAUUUAAGCCUAAAUUUCUCUUAUCGUGGCCAUGGUUACAAUACACUGGGCGCUGCAAAUUUUCUUUCCGUUCUAAAGUCAUGGCACCUUAAACUUGCAAUGUUAGGGUAUAACUUUUGAUAAAAAAACAAGUUGUUACUUUGAUGGAAGCUUAUAUUAUAUCAUGAGUGAAUUUUAGUAAUAAAAAAAGUUGUAUACAAAUGAGGUUUCUAUAAUUACACCUUGUAAAACAAACCGCGUGUAAAUUACAAAAUGUUAUCGUACGUGUUAUACGGAAAAUACCUGAGAGAAGCAAAACAAAAAAGAUAAACCCAACAACAAUGUACAAGGUCGCACA